CCCCUGCGUGGUCUCCCCGAACUUCUCCUCUCUCCCUCUCUCUUCUCCUUUCCCCCAACGGACCCGAGACCACAUACUGCCCGGGUAUUAUCUACAGCCACCCUCUGCCUUCAGCCGCAAGCAUCGGCACGAUGACUCGCACAACAUUCGGCGUUGAUCAUGGCUAACAUAUUUACCUCUCACCUCUUUUGCCCCAUCGAUUCAGUGCCUUCAACGCGACAACGCAUCUUGCAUCUUCAUGCACACUGCUGACCCAGAGUGUUGCCAUAUUUUCCCCUUCGCCGCCAACUCGAACACAGCCAACGCGGACGAUCUCUUUAACCCAGUUGAGGUGUUUCAGGCAAUCGUGGGCGACCAACAGCAACGUCUCCUGUACCAGGGGCUUGGGUGCACUGACCGGGCCUGGAACAUGGUCUGGCCGCAUAACUCAAGUGUCCGAACCCAAGAUUCGUCAACGAUGAAGACACUCGCUGCGUUGGAAAUUCACGACGAUGGCCAACGGACGGGUACAUCGACUUGCCUCUUCCUAGCAAUGGAUAUCAGUUAUCGACGUACAUUAUCUGGGGUGUUCAGGCCUCUCCUCAAGACAACUCGGGUCCGGGCACUUGUGACAGCCAUCGGCAGGGAGGUUUGAAGGUGCCCGACCCGUUGCCGGAGCCGUCGACUGUGGCUGUCUGCUGAAAAGGUUGAUUUUGAUCUGGUUGCUUCUGAGGUUGUCCUUGUCGUUGGGCAUGCUGCUGGGGCUGCUGUUGAGGUGAUCGGGGCGAUCAUGGACGAGGCAUCUGCAGCUGGCUUCGGGGUGCAACGGGGUUCUCCUCGGCCGCGGCGAGCUGAGAUUUUGAGUCUUCUAUAGAGCUAGCCGACGGUUUCAGCGACAUCUCCCGACAAACCACCCCCCCUCCCCUCGCCGCCCACCGACUAGGGAGAGAAGCAGUCGGUAGGGGUAUAGUAUAUAUACCUGUAUACAUUGGAGGCGCUUAUUUUCUAGCCGGCUGGACAUCGGUGACCUCGAAAAUGCCGUCGAGCAUGAUUUCAACGUUAUCUCCCAGACUGUCGUCAAAUACGUACCCGGACGCAAAGCCAAAAAAAGAGGACAUCAAGAUCGACAAUGUCUCCGAGGAGGAGCUCUAGGGGUUUUUCGUGGAACUUGACAUGUAAGAUAGCACAGCGGGGAGUAUGGUCUGCACCCUUGUCUCGUGGAUUCUUGAAGGGCAGGGUGCCUUUAUCUUGUCACGUAGGGAACCCUGCCUAUAUUAGCCUGCGUAGCCCACGAGGGAGAUGGGGGCGUAUACGUUUCCACGUCACAUACCUAUGCCAUUCAAUUACCUU